AAAUUGCUCCACGUAUAUUUUUCAUUUGAAUAACUCAAUGACGUACUCAUUAGUAAGUGUAUGUUUAAUCAUAAAAACCAGCAGAUACAAGCGAUAUACUAACCCACUCAAGAACUUGGGAUUUUUGGAUAAUCCAAGCAUCAAUUGGAAAACCGUGAUCGUUAGCUUCACGCUUGGUCAAUACAUUUUCGAAUCGUUCUUAGGCUAUAAGCAAUAUCAAGUAUUGAAAAGAACGGCCGUCCCUCACUCAUUGAAGGCAGAGAUUACACAAGAAACAUAUGAUAAGUCUCAAGAAUACAGCAGAGCCAAAGAAGGCUUUUCGUUCUUCACCAGUGCUUACUCCUUGAUUAAAAACCUACUUUAUAUUAAGUACGAUUUAUUACCCAAAUUUUGGGUUUUUAGUGGAGCUGUACUUAGUCACCUUUUGCCAGUGUUACCUAAGUUCAUGGGAGGAGUGAUCACCCAAUCGAUCAUUUUCUUGUUUGCUAACUCGCUUUUCAGUGAACUCACUUCUAUACCCGUUGACUACUAUAAGACCUUUGUAUUGGAAGAAAAGUAUGGAUUUAACAAGUCUACUUUGAGCUUAUGGGCUGCUGAUUUCUUCAAGUCGCUUUUGAUUCAGAUGGUGUUGCUUCCUCCAUUCUUGGGUUCAUUCUUGAAAAUCAUUGAAUGGUACGGCCAGUCGUUCGUGUUGUAUGCUUGCGGUCUUGUAUUGUUCUUCCAAUUGUUCUUCAUGACUAUUUUCCCAUCCUUGAUCCAACCUCUUUUCAACAAGUUUACUCCUUUGGAAGAUGGUGAAUUGAAGACAGCCAUUGAAGACUUGGCCAAAAAGCAAGGGUUCCCAUUGACCAAGUUAUACGUUAUUGAUGGAUCUAAAAGAUCGGGUCACUCCAAUGCCUACUUCACAGGUUUACCUUGGAGUAAGCAAAUCGUCUUGUUUGACACCUUGAUCGAACACUCUACUGUCGACGAGACUGUGGCCGUGUUGGCUCAUGAAAUCGGACAUUGGAAAUUGAACCAUUUACCAAGGAUGUUGGCAUUUUCCCAAGUCAACAUGAUGGUUAUGUUCUCCAUGUUUGCUGCUUUCCUUGGGAACAACUCGUUGUUCCAGUCGUUUGGUUUCUUUGGCCUCAAGCCAACUAUCGUUGCCCUUUUGUUGUUUUCAGAUAUCUUCAAGCCUCUUGAAUCGGGGUUGCAAUUCCUUCAAAACUUGUUGGUUAGAAAGCACGAAUAUGAAGCCGACGAAUACGCUAAAUCGUGUGGUUAUACGGACGACUUGGGUAAAUCUUUGAUUAAGUUGAACAUUGAAAAUUUGAGUUACGUUGAGGCAGACCCAUUAUAUUCAGCUUAUUACAGAUCCCACCCAAUUUUGUCGGAAAGAUUGAAUGCCAUUGGAUAUAUUUCCAAGGAAAAGGUCUCGAUGGAAAAAGAUACCAAGAGUGAUUAGGUUUGGUCCUUAUACUGCUGUUGAAGUUCUUUAUACUCUGAUCUCAUUUGUACGUAGCCCAAAUGUAUUUUACCAAUAAAAUGGUCCGCCAACCGUCUAUCACUAUCCAACCGUGAUAAGAAU